AGUCCAGGCGGGCGGGUUUUGCGUCGGCCCAAUGGGAACGACGCGCAGACCUCCCCUUUAAGGAAUGUUGUGACCUGACGUCACCCGGGCGAGUUACCUCCCGCCGCCGCCGCCGCCGCCGCCGCCGCCGCCGGCUUCAGCGCAAGCCCCGCAGCCCUUGAGCGCGAGCCCCGGAGCCCCCGGAGCCCCGACCCACAGCCACAUCCCAAGCCGCACGCCUCUGAGCCUCGGCAGCGCGCCCCGCCGGGCCCGCGCGAUGCCCUCGGACCGGCCUUUCAAGCAGCGGCGGAGCUUCGCCGACCGCAGUAAGGAGGUGCAGCAGAUCCGGGACCAGCACCCCAGCAAGAUCCCGGUGAUCAUAGAACGCUACAAGGGUGAGAAGCAGCUCCCUGUCCUAGACAAGACCAAGUUCCUAGUCCCCGACCAUGUCAACAUGAGCGAGUUGGUCAAGAUCAUUCGGCGCCGCCUGCAGCUGAACCCCACGCAGGCCUUCUUCCUGCUGGUGAACCAGCACAGCAUGGUGAGCGUGUCCACGCCCAUCGCAGACAUUUAUGAGCAGGAGAAAGAUGAGGAUGGCUUCCUGUACAUGGUCUACGCCUCCCAGGAGACCUUCGGCUUCUGAGCCAGCAGCCCUUGCCUGUCUGCCCACCUGCCCCUCACCCACCUGAGGCUCUCCCCCCUGCCUGGACCUGCCUACCCCUGAAAGACUGGCCCUGGGCUCCCCCCAUAGCCACAUGGGGCUCCUUCCAUCACCACAUGGUAUACGGAUCUGUGGUCAUUGUCCCUCUGCAGAAUAAAGAUUGCUUAGGCCUGCCUGGCC